AUGGACAAGACGAAACCCGGAGGGGCCAAUAAGGGUAAGGUAAAGGUGAAAAACACAACCAGUAAGACGGGAAAACCCCAGAAACAGAUUGUGUUUCCCGAAGAGGAUUACAACAUGCCCAGCAAUAGGCAGUCCCCGGACGGUUACACCACCGAAGUCCAGACGGAUGCAAACACUCAAAAGAAAAAAGUAAUAGUAGCCAAAAACAGCCAUCCAAAGACACAAACCACGAAGAAGCCAAAGAAAGUAAUAAAACCUGCCGAAAUGCCACGAGAUGAUGUCUACACGGAGGGGAACUUGCUUGCCGUCGAAAAUGACCCCAAAAGUAACGACAAGUUAUCCUCAACCGGAGGAAAUUCUGGAGACAAAUCAGUCCGAUCAACCAAAGUAACGACUACAACGAAGCGAAAGAAACCCAGCGAGGCACCACCAGCACAAAAAGAUAGAGCACCACCACCAAAGGGACCCGAUCCUUCAACUGCCUCACCAGAAAUAAAACAACCCAAACUAAAUAAAUCGAAACCAACGAGUAAGCCAAGACCAAUUGCAGCGAGCAUGCCUAAUUCGGUGUCCAGUGUGAAGACAAGUGUGACCAACAGGACAGAUAUAGCACCACAGAAAUCACAAAGAACGGAGAAAUCUAACGGGCCAGCCCGUGAUAGCCACCUCCUGGUCCUCCACGACUUCCAGGCCCGGAUGAAAGGAGAUAUGGAGAUAAGAAGGGGCGAGAUCCUCCUACUAGUAGACGCUAGCGACGCUGAUUGGUGGGUAGCCAAACAGAAGCAUGGGACUCGCCAUGGCUACAUACCUUCUGCCUACGUGGCGAAGGAGGGUACCCUCGACAUUUAUCCGUGGUACGGAGGGGAGAUUUCUUUACGUGAGAGUGAACGGCUGUUGAUGCGUCCACGACUUAUAACAGGAACUUUUCUCAUACGGAAACCUGAGAAGGGCGUUAAGGGCUAUAUAUUGUCGAUGAGGUACAAUCAAGACAACAACAAUGAGUCCGUGAAACACUACAAAUUGAAAGAAGUGGCAGAAAAUAGAGAGGUAGUCUAUUACCUCACUCUCCAGCGUUCCUUCGAGAGCCUCCCUCAAUUGGUGAUGCACUACAUGGGUGGGUAA